CAGUAAACUCCUGGCCUGAAAAGUUGUCCCACUCUUGAGUCUGGAACUCGGAUUACUAAUAACUUUGCUAAUCUGAGUUUCAGGCUCAUUUGUGCAUCUAGCGGUAAAUGAACUACCUCCACCUCUCCAAUUAACACUUUAAUUGUGACCCGCGUGCUGCUCUGCUAGAAAAUGUAUUAUUUUCCUGUAAAAUGGCGGCGUUAGGACCCGGGGUAGCGCAGCUGACAGCGCUGGUAAAUUUAGAGCGCGCGCGCGCUCAGGUCAGAGCAGCGUGGGUCACGCGGAGACCAGAACUGACCGGACCCGUCCGGAUCUGCCUUUACCGCCGAACAGUGUCAAAGCGCGCACGGUCCUUUGACAACCCGCGAGUUUAAGGUCCAGAGAUUUGUACAGAACCGCGUCUGUUCGUGGGGCGUUCACGGACUGCUCCGUCCUCUGUUCAUCACACUACUGUUCUUCCAUAUCUGGAAAUGACUUGAUCCGAGGAGGUCAGUUUGUCCAUACCUGGCCGGGAUGCUGCAGCUGUGUAAGGUCACCAGAGCUCUGUUCAUCAGCAACUCUCGCUCCGCCUGCAACGACGAGCUCAUCCAGCAGGAGGCGGUGACGCUCUGCAUCAACGUGUCCAAGCAGCAGCCGUUUCCCUCCGCCAAAGUCACCAAGCUGCAGAUCCCCGUCUACGACGACCCCAACGAGGACCUCUACAGCCACUUUGACCGCUGCGCCGACGCCAUCCAGAAGGAGGCCAACCGGGGAGGACGCAGCGUGGUCUACUGCAAGAACGGACGCAGCCGCUCCGCCACCAUCUGCAUCGCCUACCUGAUGAAGCACCGCAGACUGACGCUGACGGAGGCCUUACAGAGGGUGAAGACAGCACGUCAUGAGAUCGAUCCGAACCCUGGCUUCAUGGCUCAGCUGCAGAGGUAUGAAGAGGAGCUGAAGAAGAGGAGGGGAGAGUCCUGACGUGAUGAAGCAGCAGGUGAAGCCUCCACUCCAGACUCUCCUCUGAUCCCAAACUUCACAUGGAAACGGGCGAAACACAGUCUGAGAAAACCAACCUUUCAUUUAUUUAUUGAUUGAUUUAUUCAUUGACAGUAUUUAGUCUUGUGUUUAACAAAAUAUCCAUUAGAGGGCGCCAAAGUUAGGAAAUUAUCAAUGCAGAUUUGACUUAAAAUACUUGCCAUUGAAAAUAAAUAAACAAAAUAUAUUAUUAUCGUUUUAAAUGUUUAUAAAAUUAUACCAAAAUAUAGUUAAGACUGUCAUGAUUGUUCAGUCUUCCUUUUUCUUAUGAAAUGUUAUCAUGUUUUUUACAACAUUUUGUAAUUCUUUUUUUUUUUACUUUCUGUGUUCUGUAAUUCAAAGUUUUACCUCUAGCUGGCACAAUUUCCUUAAAAAUAAGCUAUGUAGAAAAAGUUUGAACCAUUGACUGUAUAUGUGAAAUGGACUGACCCCCACCCCCCUCAUUCCAAACAGGUUUAGAAGUCAUUAUUUGUCAGAAUAACCGUUCUUACUUGACUACAUUUUUUAACAUGGUUUUGCUAAUCCAGAUUUUUUUUUACGACAUUUUUCUGUAGCGAAAAUUAUUCCAAGUUAUAAACUGACCAAUCAGAUGCCUCAGUGACUCACGUCAAACAUUUAAAAUGUUUGACAGAUUCUCCCAGCCUGACUGGUGAAAAUGGUUGCCAUAGAAACGUUGACUUAAGACUGACUCGGAUAAAUCACUGCUUAUUGAUGACGUCUGGCUCCAACAUAACUACACCUGUAUAGCUGAAAAAUUGGCAGCUGAUCUGACUUAAUUUUGUUGGUUCUGGAAGAAAGCUGCUUUCUGUGAGGGAGGUCACACUCACUCAUCCAGUUCUCAUUUACAGUCAAUCGUUUAGAAACAAUAAAAAAAAAUGAUAGAAACUCAAGAAUAGUUAAGAGACAACAGUAGAUCCUCCUCAGAAACCUGCAAUAAUAUCCAUCUGCUUUCAUUUACCAACCUGAACAUUAACUUUGAUUAAAGUCAACAAAACAAAUACAUUAAA